CCCUGGCAUGGACGUUUCCGUCGCUCUACGCCUUUUUUCGGGACGUUGCUGCCUUAGGCUUGGUCUUGCUGGUGGCAUUCAUGUGCGAGAAAUAUCCACUUUUCCCCCGCGGAGAAAAAUCCUGGGAUGGCGACAUGUAUUGGUUCCUGUGUCUUCUCCUCCUGGUUGCCUCCGUGAUGACCAUGCGGAAGGGGAAGUGCACCGACAUCCUCAACCGAGACCAGACCGAAGAGUGGAAGGGGUGGAUGCAGUUUAUGUUCCUCCUGUACCACUACUACAAAGCGGAAGAGGUGUA